UAAUCCUCAAAGGCACUCUCAGAGGCAGCCCUGAUGCAAGAAGGAUUAUUAGUUCUCUGCCUAAGGCCAAUCAGUUUUUGAGAAGUUACCUCUGCCAAGACUAGGUCACAGCUCUCCACGUCCAAGCUGUUCCCAUCAAAGCCUGCUGGGGGGAGGGAAGGCAAGCCCACAUGUUAAGAAAUACCAAGCUAAGCAUAGUCGUCAUGUAUCACCAGAAGGAAGGAGUCAAGUUUAGCCACUGAUUGAAAUGACCCCUACGCCUGCUCCUUGAAGGCCAGUUAGUUUGUGCUGCCGCCCAUCCCAGCCGUUUCUUCAGCUGUAAAAUGAUAUUUCCCCCAUUGGGGAGGUAUGAGAAUUACAUGAACCAGGCUCCCCACGUGCCCCAAAUGUGUGCAGGAGUCAGAGCAGCAUCAGUCACCGAAAGCAAGUGUGAGGACUGAAACAGCUCUUGGAGGUCUAGUGACAAUAGCCUCAUUCUAUCAAGGUGGGAAGGGGGUUUCAGAAAGGGGCGUAAGCCAAAGUCACAGAGCAGCAAAGCCAGCAGGAACCCCCCAGCCACUCCCCUGCCUCCCACCUAAGCUAGGGCAGGGCCCACUUGGGGACAGCUGGAGCAGAUGGGCCACCACAAGCCACCCUAGCAAUCUCUCAGGUCAUCUGACCUCCACUGUUGAUUUCUACCCAAAGGACAUGAGCAUUUUUAGUUUCCAAGGAAUGUAAAUCGGUCUCUGGAAGCUAGGCUGCCCUGAGAUAAGGUUGCUGGUUUAAAACAAACACAGGACUUCCUAUAUAAGGACCAGACAACCACCAGGCACCACCUCUACCAGGAAUUCCAGGCCCAUCUGUCACCACCCAGCUGAGGCCAUGCCCUCCCUGGGGACCCUCUGCAGCCUACUGCUCUUCAGUGUGCUCUGGGUGGACUUGGCCAUGGCAGGCUCCAGCUUCCUGAGCCCUGAACACCAGAAAACGCAGCAGAGAAAGGAGUCCAAGAAGCCACCAACCAAACUACAGCCCCGAGAGCUCGAAGGCUGGCUCCGCCCAGAAGAUGGAAGUCUGGUGGAAGAGGCAGAGGAUGAGCUGGAAAUCCGGUUCAACACCCCCUUUGAUGUUGGAAUCAAGCUGUCAGGGGCUCAGGACCACCGGCAUGGCCAGGCCCUGGGAAAGUUUCUUCAGGACGUCCUCUGGGAAGAGGCCAACGAGGCCCCGGCAGACAAGUGACCGUCCACAAGACCAGCUCACCUCUUUGUUCUCCUCCCACCCUUAGAAGAGCUCACCUGGCUUUUAGAUUGCUUCUACAACUCCCAGCUCUGAGUGAUAUUAGCUUAGGAGCUGAAUAAAUGUUCAAACUGUGUGCUGAAUAUUCAAAAUGGGAAUUAUUUCACCGGAGUAAAAUAUCACAUUUCACUGGAAAAAAAAUUCUGGGUUAUGUGGUGGAUGGGAAGAGAA